CAAGACUACGGCAGCGAUGACGUCACUCAACGGCGGUACCGCCUUCCACUCUCUCCAUGUCUCCCGCUUCGCUACUCUCCUCUUCCGCGCCCACGCGCUUCUCUACUCCUUUGCCCUCUUCGCCCUUCUCCUCCACCACUUCCUCUAUCCCUCCUCCGUCCUCCUCCUGGCAGCCGACCUCGUCCUAUCCUUCCUAUGGGCCUCCGCCGUUCCCUUCCGGUGGUGCCCCGUCCGCCGGAAAGAGUUCCCCGACAGCCUUCUCCGGGAGGUCGGUCGCGACGACCUCCCAGCCAUCGACGUAUUCGUUUGCACGGCCGACCCCCGCCGAGAGCCGCCGGCGAGCGUCGCCAGCACCGCGCUCUCCGCCAUGGCCUUCGAUUACCCGACAGACAGGCUGUCAGUAUACCUGUCAGACGACGGUGGCUCCGCUGUGACGCUCUUCGCGUUCAUGGAGGCGGCGCGGUUCGCGCGCUACUGGCUGCCCUUCUGUAAGGAGAACGCAGUCGUCAAAAGAUCGCCGGAGGUGUACUUUGAAGAAGAAAGCAGCGACGAGGCAGGCUCUAAAAAUCUUAAGAAAAUGUACGAGAACAUGAAAGACAGGAUAGGGAGGGCAACGGAGAGAAAUUACAUGUCCAAAGACUUGGUGUCAGACGAGGAGGAACUUGAAAUUUUCAAAACGUGGAAGGGGUUCUCCCGCAAUAACCAACCUACCAUCAUCAAGGUGUUGCUUGAAAACGGCAAAGACGUAGAUAUCGCCGGCAACUCACUGCCCAAUCUCAUCUACGUCUCCAGAGAGAAAAGCCCAGCUUCCCAUCACCAUUAUAAAGCAGGGGCUCUCAAUGUCCUGACUCGGGUGUCCGGCGCCCUCAGCAAUGCGCCGAUCGUCCUCACCUUGGAUUGCGAUACCUUCUCCAACGAUCCUCGCGCACCGCUCCGCGCGCUCUGCUACUUCCUCGAUCCCUCCCUCGCCACCGAUCUCGCCUUUGUGCAGUUCCCGCAACGCUACCGGGGGAUCAAUGAGGACGACAUCUACGCCUCCCGGUACAUGCGCUUUUUCCGAUUAAACCCCAGGGGGAUGGACGGGCUUCGCGGCCCAAGCUACGUUGGUACCGGCUGCUUCUUCGCUCGAGUGUCUUUGCACGGCGACACAAAGGCAGCGUUGCCGAUAUCGAGUUUGGAAGCUGGCCGGUUUUCGACGUCGGAGGGCGUUCUGAAAAAAGCUCACGGUCUGGCGAAGUGCGACUAUGAAGACGCCUCCAGUUGGGGUUCAACGAUUGGUUUCCGGUACGGAUCGCUGGUGGAGGACUUCCACACGGGGUAUCGUCUCCACUGCGAGGGCUGGAGGUCAGUUUUCUGCAACCCUGAGAGGGCGGCGUUCGUUGGCGAGGUGCCCAAGAACUUAAACGACGCGAUCAGCCAAAUGAAGCGUUGUGUCGUGGGGCUGUACGAGGUGGGAUUCUCGAGGCACACUCCUCUGUCUUAUGGCGUCAGGAAGGCUUCCUUCCCAGUGGGAUUGUUCUACGCGCAUUGCGCCUUUUUGGGCGUUUGGUGCGUUCCGUUGAUGAUCUAUGGCCUGCUUCCGCGGUUGGCUCUCAUCAAUCACGUACCUUUGUUUCCCAAGGUAUCUGACCCGUGGUUCUUCGUCUACGCAUACCUCUUCUUGGCCGCCUACCUCUGCGACCUCCUUGACUUCCUCCUCGACGGCGUCCCCUUUCGCCGGUGGUGGAACGACCAGCGCAUCUGGCUCAUCCGCGGUCCCACCGCGUACCUCUUUGGCACAUUCGAGUUCCUGCUGAACUCGCUGUCCGUAUCCGCCCCGGGGUUCAACGUCACCUCCAAGGUCACCGAGGAGGAGCAGGCCGAUCGGUACGCCAGAGGAGAGUUCGAUUUCGCGGCGCGCUCGCCGUUCUUCGGGGCGCUCGCCGCGGUGGCGGUCGUGAACUUGAGCGCGGUCGCUGUGGGGAUCAAGAGGGUGGUGACGGGGGAGGUGGAAAUCGGGGAGUUCUCGAUGCAGUUGGCGCUGUGUGGGUUUGUGGCGGUGAAUUGCUGGCCGAUUUAUGGAGCGAUGUUUUGGAGGAGAGACGGGGGGAGGAUGCCGGUGAGUGUGACGGCGGCGGCAACGGUGGUGGCGGGGCUGCUCCACGUGAUCGCGCAUCUCGCCUUUGCUUUUCGUGGUUGAAUUUGAAUUAUACAAUUUGGGAAGACUACAAUCGCUUAUGCUGCUGGAUCAAGAUCCAUUUCUUCGAGACGUGUGUAAUACUAAUGGGCACGACCAUGGCUCAUCGUGAAUAGUCGAGUCCGAAAUAUUCUGUGAGAUCGUUUUAUAGAAUGAUGAAAUAUUUCAUGUUAAAUUUGAACUUAUUUUCACACCGAUUUUAGAAUAUU